GAAUCCCAAGAGAAGUGAAAAACCGCCAGAAACAGAUUAAACUGGUAUAAAUAUGUUGAUUUUAAAAUGGUUAGCCAUAGUGCAAUAAGGUUCGUAAGUUUGCAAUAACGGUGCAUAUUACCACAUAUCUGAAGAUGACUCGUACGAUGCUAUUCCUUGCUUGCGUAGCAGCUUUGUAUGUCUGUGUAUCUGCCACAGCUGGAAAACCUGAGGAAUUUGCAAAAUUAUCUGAUGGGGUACCAUCGAACGAUCAGGCAAUGUAUGAAUCCAUACAGAGGUACAGAAGAUUCGUAGAAGGAAACAGGCACAACGGGGGUCAACAACAACAACAACCAAAACAAUGGGAGGUAAGACCAGACCUGUCCAGGGACCAGAGGGGAAAUACCAAAGCACAGGUUGAAAUUAACAAACAGGGUGAAAACCACGACAUCAAUGCAGGCUGGGGCAAGAACAUCAAAGGCCCGGAUAGUCACAAAGACACUUGGCAUGUUGGAGGAAGUGUCAGAUGGUAGAGAUAACAGAUGACUAACGAAGACUACUAAAGAUAAGCAUCUUUAUCAUUUUAUACGUAUUUUAAUAUUAUGUUAUUAAGUUAAUUUAAUUUAUUAAACUUAAAUAAAAAUUUUAUAUAUUAAACGAUUUUAUUAUUAACUAA